UGGCUGAAACUUACUUCUGAUGAUGUGAAGGAGCAGAUCUACAAGCUGGCCAAGAAGGGGCUGACCCCCUCGCAGAUCGGUGUGAUCCUGAGGGAUUCCCAUGGUGUUGCCCAGGUUCGCUUUGUAACUGGCAACAAAAUUUUGAGAAUCCUUAAAUCGAAGGGACUGGCGCCAGACCUUCCAGAGGAUCUGUAUCACUUGAUUAAGAAAGCUGUUGCUGUUCGCAAGCACCUGGAGAGAAACAGAAAGGACAAAGACGCCAAGUUCCGCCUGAUCCUGAUUGAGAGCAGAAUCCACAGGCUGGCUCGCUACUACAAAACCAAGAGAGUGCUGCCACCCAACUGGAAGUAUGAAUCAUCGACAGCUUCUGCCCUGGUCGCAUAAGAGCUGGCUUUGGCUUACUGAAAGAAUAAAUGUUCAUUUGACUGAGUUUG